UAGCCGACCACGUGGCGAGGCCAUGGUGGCCGUGGCAGCAGACCAUUUCCAGGUUUAACGACUAACUGCUAUAACAUUGUCACGCGAACAGAGUGGCGGCAGCUCCGGCGGCGCAAUGCUCUCGGGGUAGCGCGAGCAUGAUCCAGCCAUGGAAGCUCUCAAUGGCGUCAAGAAGAGGCAUUUCAGGGUAGAGGGUUUCCAGUGGCCCUUCUCGCGCGUGGCUAUGGAGUGGAGGCCUGGCGCCGGCACCGCCAAGCGCAAGAAGAUCUCCAGCGACAUCAAUGUCGCCACUCCUCCUCCUCCUCCUUUACUUCCUCACCCUUCCUCACUCCUCUCCCUCCGGCAGCUCAAUCACUCACCACCACCGCACGAUCCAAACUUUCUCCGCGCGCUCCAGGCCAAUGCUCUUCGGACAAUGUCGGUGAAUGGGAAGGGCUUCCUAUCGAAUCCUUGGUCGAACAGGGCAGCUUGGUCCAGGGUCGGGUCGAAGAAGGAUCACGGUGGGGAUUUGAUGAACAAGAAGAGGCAGCUGGAGCUGUGGGACUUGGCGGGGUUCUCUCGUGAGAAGUUAAAGCUUCUCAAUGAGAUUGAGGUGCUCAUCGACUCGGAGGAGAAUGCUUUGAACAUGGAAGCUUCUGCUAAGGCCGCGGAAGGACGUCUUCGAAGCUUGCUGGAUAUCUGCGUAUGCUCUCAAUGCCAGGAGAAUAUAGAGAACAGGAUAGCUCUACAAAGCGUGAGAACCAAAGGUUUGGACGAUGGCAAGGUUAUUUCAGCAAGAACGAAUGUAGCGACUGCAAAGCAAGAGGAUCAGACAGCACCAGCGCUGGAAGGUCCCAAAACCACGAAGCUUCCAGAAUCUCUCGAAAAGGAAAGAGAGAAGGAGAGGCGCUUCUUUCUUGGAAAUGUGAAAGAAGCCAUGGAGCGUGACCGGGUUGCGCUUGACAACUUUCUGCAGAAGCAGAGGCUCAAGCAUGAAGUGUCUAAGCAGAAACUUGGCGAGGUGAAGGGGAGCUUUCUUGGGAAGUAUCUGAGCUUUCUUGACAACUCACUGGACGAUGCUCUCCAAAAGGACGAUUUAAGCGACAAGCACGACCAGGAUUCAGAAGGUUUGGAGGAUCCUUCCAAACUUCGCAAGGAUUAAACUCCUGAGCUGGAACGAUCUUCUGAAAAGUCAGAUGAUCGUACCGAAGAAUC